UAAUCUCAGAAGUCUUCUCUCUCUCUCUCUCUAUCCUCAAACAAAGUAUGGCCCUUUAUCGUUUCUUCAUCUCAAUCGUCUUCUUCUCUCUGACCCUCUUCACUACGACGACCCAUUCCCUCUACGAACCCGACCCGGAUUCGAUUUCCACCGUUUACGAACUCCUCCCGAAGUACGGUCUCCCAAGCGGUCUCUUACCGGACUCCGUCACCGAUUUCACCCUCUCCGACGAUGGCAGAUUCGUCGUCCACUUGCCCAAUUCCUGCGAAAUUGAAUUUGACUACCUCGUUCACUACGACAAGACUAUAUCUGGCCGUAUCGGUUACGGCUCAAUCACCGAGCUCAAGGGUAUUCAGGUGAAGAAAUUCUUUAUUUGGCUCGAUGUCGAUGAAAUCAAGGUCGAUCUUCCGCCGUCUGAUUCCAUCUACUUCAAAGUUGGGUUUAUCAAUAAGAAGCUUGAUAUUGACCAGUUUAAGACUAUACAUUCUUGCCAUGACAAUGGUGUCUCUGGUUCUUGUGGAGAUUCUUGGAAGAGUUUUCUCGAGGUAAAGAUAAGAUCUUGCGUUUCUGGGUUGUUGAAUUUGAUGUGAAUCUUCUUAUGGAUUGAUGAAUAACGUUGGUUGACUUCGAUGAUGGAGAGUCUUAUUUGAAAUGUCCUGACUUUCUAGUAAUAACGAAUCAAUUGUGACACCAUGAUUUGGCUGAUAUGAUUGAAGAUAUUUCUGGGUUUUAGAGGAUUUAUAGGAAAAGGGUUUUUGUCUGAGAUACGGAUAGAUUCUGGAAUCUAUCUCUGAGUUUCUGGGGUUCAAGUUUUCAGUUGGUUUUGUGGAUUGACCAUUGUUGGAUUUGUAGAUUGUUUCUUCAUAUCUUUAGGCAUGGAUUAUGGGUAAAUGAGUGGGUAUAUAUUUCUGUGAAUGUAAUUUACACAUUUAUUGAGGAACAACAUGAACAUGUCAGCUUUCUCAAAAUUUAACCACAAAGGCUAAAAGAAAAGUCCUUGGAGAGUCAGACUAAACUUGAGAAAGGAUUUGAAAUGUAUUUAUCUAAGAUUUGAGUGAAGAAACCAUAUUUAAUGCUUUCACAUUGCUGUUGUUUUGAGUUGUUGUGGGAAUACAUCAUUGAAACUGCAAGGAGCGUUCUUUUCCUUUGUUUGGUUGUCUUUUUGUUCUUUAAGUUCUUAGUGAUAGCUUAAUGGGUAGCUGAUAAUAGUGAAAUGCUGUGUGUUUAUAGUAGGUCAUUCUGCAUUUCAUGCAAUGUCAGUUGUUAUUUCUAGCUGCAAUGUACAAGCCUCUAACAAAUGUUUUCCGAUCUUUGAUGGUUUUGUCUGGUUCCUAGAAUGGUUAUUGGCUUAGAUCGUUUCAAACCAGCCAACCCGCAAAAGUGAUUCAGGCUGGUUUGUAGGAAAUUGUUGUUACUUGCAAUAACAGAAGUUUUUGUUU